AGCCCAAGGCUCUCAGUUUACCCCGCUACUCCUGAAUCUUGUAUAACAUGAUUCGCUCGUCUGUCUUGAGUCAUGCACUCAAAGCUGCGCCAAAGACGAUUUCGCAGCCCAUCAAUCUGUACGACAUCCCUUGCAAAAUACAAGAAACGUCUUGGUCUCCUAAUACCGCAAAAGCGAGGUAUUGUCUGAGAUACAAAGGCCUGCCUUUCAAGACUACAUGGGUAGAGUAUCCUGAUAUUGAGGCCCAGCUCAGAGGCAUUGGUGCCAGACCCACGGGCAUCAAUAAGGAUGGAAGUGGGCUCUACACCCUCCCUGUCAUUGAGGAUCCCUCUACGAGAGCAGUGAUCUCAGAUUCGUUUGCCAUUGCUGAGUACCUUGAUGAGAACUAUCCCUCAGCAGCAGCUCUGUUCCCAGGAGACACCAAAGCUCUCAUCAAGGCAUUCGACUCAGCGUCUAUGAACCUCAUCUCCUUCACAACCAAGAUGAUGUCCGUUAAGGCAUCGGGGAUAUUGAAUCCUGUCAGCGCUAUGCACUAUGUACGUACACGAGAGCAUAGGCAUGGAUUGAAGUGGAAGGAUUUUUUGCCAGCUGGACAGGAGAGAAGAGAGAUAUGGAAUGAUCUCGAAACGUCUUUUGGAGUAUUAGAUCAUUGGUACGCAAAGAGUACAGGAAAGUGGAUUCUAGGUGAUACAGUCUCGUAUGCGGAUAUAUUGACAGCUUCGCGGAUCAACUGGUUCAGGGUUCUCUUGGAGCAAGAGCAAUGGACGGAGAUGAGUUCGUGGCACGGAGGGCGCUGGAAGGCUAUCCUUGAGGAAUUUGAAGAGCUAUAAAGAGAGAAGGAAAUCGCCAUAAAACUCCACUCCUCGAUGUACACGGUGUGGUAUAACCAGUGUUAGUACAGAUUGUACGUACGAUGUACGGACUUUCAGGCUGAUCGAAGAAGUGAAAUGGAUCCUUCUGGGCAACAUCCUGAGAUCCGCCGGGACCGAAUAAUCUAUGUAUAAAAGGAUUGAACACGGCCUCUCAUGACUUCUUCUGCAAACCACUAUGUUAUCCUCGCUCCUGAAAACGCUGGGUUUGUUAUCCGCGUUAGCUAUUGCUAGUGCAACUGAGCAGGCUCAGAUACCACUCUUACAAUCUCACGCGGCGCACUACAAUGGGGCACCGUCCACGCCAACGAAACACACGAGCGCUUCUUCCGAUAGCCCC